AAUAAGGAGUGGAAUAAUAUUUAAUAUUUAAAAUGAACCACACAUAAUAGUUGGAAGCACAUUCUUUCAAUCAUUUGAGUUUAGUAGAUUAAGACAGAUAUGUUUAGGAUAUUUUCACUCUUCAUAUUUUUCAUACAGUUGACGAUAGUCUCACUGGAACAAUACUCAUUAGGAACUUAUUUCAACGAUUCUUUUUUAUCCUGUAAAAGUAAUGAAUGUCAUAAAAAUGGAACAUGUGUUGGAGACAAAUGUUCUUGUCCAAAUGGUUACACUGGAGUUCUUUGCCAGAGUGAAAUAUUAGAAUGUCUGACAGAACCAUGCCAACACAGUGGAAUAUGUAAUGACCGUAUUGGUACUUUCACAUGUACAUGUGUAACUGGAUACAGUGGAAGACUAUGUGAAAUAGAUUCUACACAAUCUACAACGACUCCUAAACCACGUGACUGUCCGCCAUGUUUGAAUGGUACAUGUCUGCACGAUAUUUUUGGCGCGGUUUGUAUAUGCAAUAAUGGAUACACUGGAAGAGAUUGCUCCGUUCCGUUAGUAGACCCAAAUGUUGUGAGUACAUGUCAAGAAUAUUAUUAUGGCCCUGAUUGUCGAAAAUUCUGCAAAGAAUUUGAUGAUUGCGCGAAUGGACAUUAUUAUUGUGAUCCUACAACUGGACAUAAAAUAUGUCGAUCUGGAUGGUCAGGCCAGAACUGUACUAACCGUGACAUUCCAAACUACCUUGACAAAGAAUGUCCUCCAAGUUUGACAUGUAAAAAUGAUGGGCAUUGCUUUAACGGUUCUUGUUGUUGUCGAGAUGGCUACACAGGUAAAUAUUGUCAAACUGAACAACUGAAAUGCUCAGAAAACCCGUGCCCUCCUGGCUGCACGUGUCAUCAAAUGAACAAAGGUCACCACUGUCACUGUCCAUCUACAAAACAACCAGUAACGACAGCACCAGAUACCACACAAGAGUCAACCAUUAAAUCAACAUCUACAACCAAACCUACAACAAAAGUAACAAACACACUAGCUUCAACAUCUCAAACCACAACCAAACCUACAACCAAACCUACAACAAAAGUAACAACCACAUUAGCUUCAACAACAGUUCAACAAACAACAAGAAGGAAAACCACCCCUUCUCAAUUUUCUACAAUUAAGCAAGAAGUAGGAUUUUGUUCUGAAACAAAAUGUGACCAAAACAAUAAGUGCAUCAAUGCCACUGUACCUGGACUAUGUUAUUGUUUAAUUGAUAAAGCAUACUUCUGUCCGUACGUACUGAAACCAACCUUAUCACCUUUUUCAUUGCCAACUACUUCAAUAAUUUCAACUUCAAAACAGACACAAACCACUAAGAAACCAACCAAAUUAACCACUACACCAACAACCACACCAACCAUCACAACACCAACCACUACCACACCAACUACAACACCAACAACUACAUCAACAACCAAACCCACUACACAAACAACCACUACACCAACUACAACACCAACAACUACAUCAACAACCAAACCCACUACACAAACAACCACUACACCAACAACAAUAACAACCACUACACCAACUACAACACCAACAACUACAUCAACAACCAAACCCACUACACAAACAACCACUACACCAACAACAAUAACAACUACUACACCAACUACAACACCAACAACUACAUCAACAACCAAACCCACUACACAAACAACCACUACACCAACAACAAUAACAACCACUACACCAACUACCACACAAACUACAACACCAACCACUACACCAACUACCACACCAACCACAACACCAACCACAACACCAACAACAACACCAACUACAACACCAACCACUUCAACAACAAGCACACCCACAACAACAACAACUAAACCAACAACAAUACAAUCAACAACACCAAAGACGAUUCCAUUAACAUUGUCAACGGUUAUACCGGAACAUGGAUUUUGUAUUGAAACUAAAUGUGACUCAAAUGUAAAAUGUAUUAAUGCAACCGGUCCAGGAUUGUGCUACUGUGUGUUAGAUAAGGCAUAUUUUUGUCCUUUCAAAAUAAACCCGACAGCAAAGGAAACUACAACAGAAACUACCACAGCGACUUCAACAUCUACUCAACCUACUACGGAGUCAACUACUACACAUACAACGGAGUCUACUCCCUUACCAACUACAGAGUCUACUCAUUCACCAACUACAGAGUCUACUCAUUCACCCACUACGGAGUCAACUUCUUCACCCACUACGGAUUCAACUCCUUCGCCUACUACGGAGUCAUCUCCUUCAUCAACUACGGAAACAACUCAUUUACCAACUACAGAGUCAACUCCUUCACCCACUACGGAAACAACUCCUUUACCUACUACGGAAUCAACUUCUACGGAGUCCACCUUUUCACCCACUACUAAGUCAACAGCUUUACCUACAACAGAGUCAACACCUUUACCCACUACAAAGUCAACAGCUUUACCUACUACAAAGUCAACAGCUUUACCUACAACAGAGUCAACUACAUUGCCAACAACAAGACAAACUACAAAACCAACACCAAGACAAACAGCAAAACCAACAACUUCACCAACUACAUCAACCAUUAAACCUACAACAGUAUCUACAACUCCAUCUAUGAAAUCAACGAUGAAAACGACUUUAGCAACAACAGAACCAACAUCGAUGGCUAUAAAAUUGACAACAUCUGCUACACCUAAUACAGACUUCGCUGUAUUUUUGAACGGAACAGUUAAACCAGAGGAAAUUCAAAUACUGCAAUCACACUUAAACAAGGCAGGCAAUAAAUCAGGUGAUGGAAAUUGUUUUCCGAACAUCACGAUAACAAACGUUGAACCAAUGAUCAAUAUAAAUUUACAACAGGCAUCAAAAGUACAGUUUCAUGCUGAUGAGUGUUUCAACGGUACUAACGACAAAUUUUUGGAAAACUUAAAGAACGAAUUUAAAAGCAAACCAUUACUACAAACUAAUGUGCCCUUAACCCCAACCACCACGUAUUCGUUGGUCAGUCUGAAUGACGCAUUAUAUGAUAUAGAUCUUAUUGGUUAUGUCUAUCAGGAUAAUCUGCAAUACAUUAAAGAUAAACUGAAGAAAACAUGGAAAACAGCACGUGGAGAUACAAAAAACGUAGACAUUCUAGUUGCGAACUCUUUGCAAAUGAUUGGCAAAUACGGAACUAGAGUAACGAAGAUCCAAUAUCUUGCAAGCUCUCGGGGCUCUUUGAUCACCCCGAAGAGUCACACACCACCAUCUACGUCUGUCAUUAAUGACGAGUUCCAGAAAUGUUGUGAAAAAGGACAACAACAUCUUGCUACAGUGUUCAUUCAACCUCUAUACCACUACUCACAGGGAGUUCGGAUAACAAUAAAUAAACCCGCGAAAGAUAUCAAACUGGAUGACGUUAAACGACAACUGAAAUCGAAUUAUAUGUCUUCUUUGAAAGACAGUAAUAAAUGUUCUAUUGGCUGUAAACUAGAUGUUGAGGUGGCUUCAUUAGAAAAAACGUUAGACUCUGGAAAAACCGACGCUGUUUACUUUCCAAUUUUGAAUGGAAGUCUUAUUAACGACAAUGGCCAAUUAGGUAUUCACAAAAAUCUUCAAGCAUGCGAUUCCAGUUGUGCCUCUAGCAGACGACAAUACUUUGAUAUAGGAGGAGGAAUAAAGCUAAGAGAUAUGGGAUCUGUAAGACGGGCGCUCAUUUUAAAUAACGGUGCGGCACGACAUACUAGAGCAGUUGCUGAUCUAAAUAUGGUAAAAAGCAAUUACUUAACAUCAAAUGGGUAUCCAGUAACGAGAGUAUGGUAUUCUGAACCAUUUAAUGACAGCAAAAUACAGUGGCCUAAUCCAAACUCUGCAGGAAGAUUAGAUUCAAUUAUGAAAGAGCUGUCUGCCUCUAAUAAAACUAUAGUUUUAAAUGAAACACAGAAACUUUUCGAAAUAAAUCUUGAAGGAGAGGUUCCAGCAAGCCAACUUAAUAAUAUCAAUAAUGCUAUAAUUUCGGCUUGGAAAAACUUCAAUUCAGAUCUACAAAACAGCGAUUUAGGAUUAACAAUUAAAACGUGGGACAAGAAUUACUUCUCCGAGAAUUCUGGACAUAGAGUGACGAAAGUAAAGUAUGUUGUUUCUGUUUUGAAUGCUGAUUCUUCUAACACAGCAUUACAGGAGCCAAAUGAAAAUGUUACCAAGCAUAACCUUCCAAAGGGAAUUUCUACUUGUGAAUGUAUAGCUAGAAAAUUUAGAGAGAUCAGGAUUACAGGACAGAUCGACAUGAUUGAUAGAACUAAAAUUCAAAAUGUUUUAAAACUCAUUUGGACAUCGGAGAACACAGGUCUUGGGGUCAACAUAAACACCAAAGUUGUGAAUGUUCAUAAAGGGUUCCAGACAAAUAACGGUAAACCUGCUGCAAAGAUUGAGUAUUACAUAUCACCUAGUUUACAAAGUGGAGGGUAUGUCGAUGAGGAUAAUUUGGACCAACCCUCUUAUCAAAACAUCAAAUUAAAAUUACAACAACAACUUUCUGGUUUAAAAGUGGUUGAGACAGCACUUGUCCAAAAACCUUCAGCUAAUGAGGAAAAAGAAUCGAAAACAUGGAUUUACGUCGUCAUUGGUGUGGCUGUUGCACUGCUAUUAAUAAUCAUUUUACUGUCGCUUAUCAUACUGUACAGGAGAUUAAGACGUAUUGAAUCAAGAACACUCAAACAAAGUCCCGGUGAGAUGAAUGGUUAUGACAAAGAACAUUUCUCCGAACAACCAGAUUUCGAUAGCCCUAAUUAUAGUUUUAGUGAAAACGAAGUUGCUGAAAACGAAAAGAAUGGUACAUAUAUGGUAAACUCGUGAACCAAUGUAGCUUCAGCAUAGUCAAUUACACGUGAAGAGUUAUAAACUUAAAAUAUGUUGAUACGUAAAUUAUAAAAGAAGUAUCAGCACCUAACGAAAUUACCUCCAUCUAGAGCAUAAUCUGGAAAGAUUACAUAUAAUUGUGUGAAAAAUAUUGUCAUUAUGAUAAGAUUGGGACUUUUAUUUGUGAUCAUCUAUGAACAUAACAACGAAAUAUACUCAUUAAGGUACAUUGUAAAUAGUUGUAAAUAAGUAUUAUAUUGUAUGUAUAUAAACGUAAAAAUGGUCAAAGAUGUAGUUUGAAAGAUGAAUGAGCCUUAUGAUAUCAAUAUAGAUUCAUCGACAAUUACUAUUAAUGUCUUGCGUCUUGUAGCAAAAUUCGUGAAGGGUCAUUCAUGGCUUUGUAAAAUGUAUGUAUGAAAAACCUGAACUAGUAUUGGUCUUUGUGUACUGUUAAUGAUCUUUUUGUCUUAUUAUAAAAACUCAUCAGAAAUACCAUGCUUAUAAUUUGGUACGCUGACCGUGCUUUUCGUCUUAUCCGUAUCGCUGGACACAAAACAAUAUGUAUACACUAAAAAUAAUGAACAUUCGAUAUCAACCUCUUAAUCCAAAUGAAAAACAGGGAAUGUUUGAUCAGCUCAAACAGGACCAUGAAGAAGUGCCUGCUAUUCAGAAAUCCUCAACACUCUUACUGAUACUAUUAAAAGUUUAUUCGGCGUUGACAUUUUGGUGGAUUGUUGUGGUGCUAAUAAUCUUCUUUUACUGGAUGAUCAGAAAAUGUUUAGGAGGCGUCCUUUCGUUAACAACUGAUAAACCAUUCAUUGCUAAUAAUUGGUUAUCCAUUUAGUAAACCAAAGAAAAAAAAACGUGCAAGCAACUUGUAUCGAACAAUAUCGCUCGCCUUAUAUUUAAAGC